GCGCAUUCAUUUGCGAUAUCCUUCCGCGCAUGUGUGAGGGCGCGCGGUGACGUGCGGGUCCGCGCGGUGAGUAGAUGCGGCGGAUCCGUUCCCGGGAGCCGCGGAGUUUAUAAAUGGCGCCGAAGCAAGACCCAAGGCCUAAGUUCCAAGACGGUUAGGCUCUUCCCCCUGCUUUUGAUGGACAUUUACGUCAUUGCAAGGUUUUUUUAGUAAGGAGACUCCAGAGUUUGCACUGCUUGGGUUGAGAAGUGAGCGUGUCUUGUGUUUUCAUGGUCCUCUGCUUUAUGAAGCUAAGUGUGUGAAAGUUUCUAUUAAGGACAAGCAAGUGAAGUACUUCAUUCAUUACAGUGGAUGGAAUAAGAACUGGGAUGAGUGGGUACCAGAAAGCAGAGUACUCAAAUACGUGGACACCAACCUACAGAAGCAGAAAGAACUUCAGAAGGCCAAUCAGGAUCAUUAUGUAGAGGGAAAGAUGAGAGCAGCACCGCCAGGAAAGAAGACUGCUGCCCUUCAACAGAAGAAUGUAGAAGUUAAAACAAAGAAGAAUAAGCAGAAAGGCCCUGGGGAGGGCAGUAGUACCAGCGAGAUUCCUCAGCCACCACGGAAAAAACGGGCAAGGACUGACCCUACUGUGGAAAGUGAGGAGACUUUUAUGAACAGAGUUGAAGUGAAGGUAAAGAUUCCAGAAGAACUAAAACCUUGGCUUGUGGAUGACUGGGAUUUAAUCACACGACAAAAACAGCUGUUUAAUCUUCCGGCAAAGAAGAGUGUGGAAACUGUUUUGGAGGAGUAUGCAACAUAUAAAAAAUCUAGGGGAAAUACGGACAACAAGGAAUAUGCUGUCAAUGAAGUUGUGGCAGGGAUCAAGGAAUACUUUAAUGUAAUGCUUGGUACACAACUUCUGUACAAAUUUGAACGUCCCCAAUAUGCAGACAUUCUAGCAGACCACCCAGAUUCCCCCAUGUCUCAAGUGUAUGGAGCGCCACACCUUCUGCGGCUCUUUGUCCGAAUUGGAUCCAUGUUGUCUUACACUCCCCUUGAUGAAAAGAGUCUGGCACUGCUGCUGAACUAUCUACAUGAUUUCUUAAAGUAUUUAGUGAAAAAUUCUUCCACGCUCUUUAGUGCCAGUGACUAUGAAGUGGCCCCCCCAGAAUACCACAGGAAAGCAGUAUAGUUUGAUUACAGAACACCACAGAGCGCUGGGCUUUUGAGCAUUGUACUGGCUGCUCUUAUGACUUUUAAACCUCCCCAAUUAAAAAAGAAAACUUGGGACAGGUUUCAUUGUACACAUUGCAGCUUUCCUCCGCCAUGCUGGUUAUGGGGAAAAGGCUGAGAGAGAAGACUCUUGUAAACAUAAAGAGACUGACCACUGCCUUCAGUCACUGAUUCGCAACCUCAUUGGGGGUAACUUUAAAAAGUAUCAGAACACCGCUAUGGCAUCUAAUAUAUCAACUGUUCAUGACCAAAGAUAUUUCACUUGGAAGCCUCAACCUGUGGACCUCCUGAGCAUCUAAAAUAUGUUUGGUCUGUUGGUCACAUACUCAAAUCCUGGACCUCUCUGACCUCCUGUUUUCUAGUUAUCACGGUUGAUUUCAUAAAUGAAAGCUGGAUCUCUACUCUUCUUACUGGGAUAUGGAAGCAGCUGAUUUUUUUUUUUUAUGGAUUUCUGAACAUAAAGUUCGACACUGCAUCUCCUAUAUGACUGGCCUGGUGCAAAAACAGUGUUGUCCCUGUGCACUGACCUUUGAUAUUCUUCAGAAAGGGACCAUUUUGGGCAUUCUGUGAACCAACAAGAGACCAGAAAUGUCCGCUUCAGUUUCAUCCCUGCUAAGCAGCACAUUUCAAACAAACUAAUGGACAGAGUAAAUAGCAUGGAACUGUUUGAGUUGCUGUAAUGAUUCCCGGGUGGAGUUUCUGUACAAUGCAACCGUGUCCCAGCUUGUUCUCAACUUGUAGGAUCAUUGUUCAAGAUGUGUAUUGCUUGAGUCAUAUCUUGCUUUCUCUGCAACGUUUCACACCUACAUAUAGGGUGUUGUCAUUCCAUUUCUUUAACUCACUCUGGAGGUAAUAUCUUUGCUCGUAAUAGUUCCACUGCCAUUUUAUUUGAUGUGCUGUAUAUUGAGCCCUCAUGUUGAAAAGAGGGAGGUUGCACGGUUAUGUUAUGUCAUAAAAGAUAAUUUGCAAAUGUAGUUUUGCAAUCUUGAGACAGGCAUUUCUUCCCUAUCUGUUUAAUUGUAAUAUAGGCGAGUUUGACAUGAUGGCAAAUUUCUUGAAUGUCAGUGUUUGGGUAACAAUAUUUACACGUUUCAUUUGAAUCUAAAAGAUUGGAUCUCCUGUGAUUUUCACAUAUGGUCAGAGCACUUUUUAUAGCAGUGUCGUGUAUAUCUGUAAGCAGAAGGCAUUUUUUUUAUGCAUGGCGUUUAUUAAUUCCAUGUGUACGAAAGUGGUUCUAUAAAAUAAAGGUGCUGUGUUUCACCAUGAUGCAUUUCAUUCA